AUGGAUUCGAUGGAACUUGACCAGCAUUCCGAGUUCUAUGACGCUUGGAUCUGCCUUCAGAGCACUGCUGAGUCAAGCGAAGUGUCCCCGCCGUCAUUCGAAUCCGCUGCAUAUCAAUCAGAGACACCUUUCAUAGAUCAGAGACGUGCUAUUCCGACACAAGUACGGGAGGAGACUCAAACUCUCAGCCCCACGCCUUCUCAGUCGCAACAGUCAACAUCUCACGACGCAGCCUCGUCAGCUUUACCAUCCACCAGCAAGCCCCAAACAGCGUUGAAAAAGGGGCGCCCCGGGAGAAAAGCAGAGCACGACGAACGAGAAUGGUUGUCGAAGAAGCAGAUACUCAAAACCCUCUACCUAGACGAAGCCAAAUCUCUCAGCGCGGUCUCGAAAGUAAUGGAUAAUGCGCAUGGCUUCAAGGCAUCUGAUAACAUGUACAAGAAGAAGUUCGCAGCAUGGGGAUUCUUCAAAAACCAAUCACAAUGCCGACCUGUCGAUUCAAUCACACAGGCCCUCUCUGGGACGUCAGGCAGAGCACGAUCUGCACAAAGUCUUCCCCAGAAGCAGUUCCAAGAUUCUGAGAAACUUGCAUAUCGACUCGAUAAACAUCUUUCUCUGCUGGCACCAGAUGAUCCGAGGCUCGCCCAGCUAGAAAAAACGCUCUUCAAUGUGUGGGGUUAUUUCAUGCGGGUGUUCGACCGGGGAUCAGAUGGAGUCAGUGGAUGGACUGGCGACUUCUUCAGUCUCAAUCCCCCGGAAGGCCAUUGCGACUCUUCCAGCGAUUGGAAGGCUGUGUCAGACCAAUGCCACGGUGCCUCUAUUUUGGUGACGCGGCCAGACGAUACCAACGGAAAAUGCCAAAAGACCCUACACAAGGCCCUGUCCCUCUUUGACAAGUUACCUCAGAAGAAGGAUCCAUGGAUGCUUGUCUAUAUAUGGAGGAUAAUUCUCUACAUAAGAGGUAUCGCAUUCCGACUUGAACCCAGAAAAACGGAGGUCUCUUCUUUAGUCCUGGCGCGGAAUCGAGACGACCAUCUAGUUGGGAACUUUUUGGAGGGCAUCAUAGGACUCAUCAAGAUUCACCUCGACGCAGAAGAUCCUAUGGUAUACGCUCUCGAGUCACUACGUUUCUUCUGUCUUCAAGACAUUAAGUUGCCAGUAGAACGAGUCUACCAGCUUUGCAUUGACCUUUUCAUGGACUACCUGGGCAACUUUCAUCCCGUGGUUCUGUCAAUGACGGGCCACUUUUUGAAGUACUGGCCAGGAAAGCUGGGGGAGCACGUUCUGCCAAGCUACGACAAGGUCGUCAAGAGCGCUGAGGUGGAAUUUGGGUUGUGUGAUGAACGUACAAUUUCUUUGCUUACAGACUAG